UCCCUACAGCCAAACUCUUGUGCUAACAACCACUUCAAUCAUGGAGCCCCUAUUCCAGCAACAAAGGCAGCAUCAAGUCCCAGUCUCCAAGCCCACCAAGUUCAAGGGCAGGAGCGAGAGCAGCAGCAGCAGCACAAAAUUCAUCGGCGUCAGGCAAAGGCCCUCAGGGAGAUGGGUGGCAGAGAUCAAGGACACCACACAGAAGAUUAGGAUGUGGCUGGGGACCUUCGAGACCGCCGAGGAGGCGGCCCGAGCGUACGAUGAGGCCGCCUGCCUCCUCCGAGGGUCCAACACCCGCACCAACUUCACCACCCACGUCCCCUCCGACUCCCCGCUGGCCACGAGGAUUCGCAACCUCCUCGACCACAAGAAGCUCGGAAAAGCUGGAUCUCAUCCUCGACCCACCAAGCAUUCUCCAAGCUAUUCUACUGCUGUACCUACUGCUAGUCUCAGUACCAGCACUAGUUCAUGCACCAUCACUGCCGAAAGCAGCAGCAGCAACGGUGCUUCCGCUCUUGGCCAUGAUAAGAAACAAGUAAAACAAAUAGCUGAUGAAGUCUAUAGGCCAUACUUCAGCAACGGUGCAGAAGAGCUUGAAUUGGGCUCUUCACCAUCGGAUAAUUCAUGGGCGUUCGAAUCUGGAUUCGACCACCUCCCUCCGUUCGAUGGAUUUGAGUUGCCCAAUGGAAGCUCGGAGCUGUCAGAGUUUGAUAGGAUGAAGGUGGAGAGGCAGAUAUCGGCAUCACUCUAUGCAAUGAAUGGAGUUCAGGAGUACUUGGAGACAGUGCAUGAUCCCUCUGAUUCUUUAUGGGACCUUCCCCCUAUAUGUCACUUGAGUUGCAGGACUUGAUGGUCUGGUCAUCUACCUUCUCUUCUUCUUCUUCUUCUUCUUCUUCUCUCUCUUUUUUUCUUUUCUUUUUUUUUUCCCCCUAUGAAAACACUUUUUGUGUUUUACGUAUAUGGAGAUAUCUUGAUGGGUAGGGGGUGUAAUGCACAAAACAAAGUUUUUAGAAUUGAGUACCCGAAUUCAUUUU